AUGGCUAAUAUUGAUACGUCUCUGAACUUACUGCAAAACAACAGGGCUGCCACGGAGAAAGCAGCCUUCGACGCGAAUGCCUUAUCACUGGGUGAGCAGUCAGAUCCAUCGGGCUUCGCCGCGCCGACAGCCAGUAAACCAAUCGGUAAGACGCCAGAGCAACAGGCUGCUAUCAAGGAGGUCACCGAUUUCCUCAAGGGCGAGAAGGGCAAGAAAGCAGCGUUGACCAUGCAGACCAUGGUGACGGCUGCUACGCCCAUUCUCAACAAUUUCGAUGAGCUCUUGACUCAGCCCAACUUGGACAAAUAUAACGCAACGCUCAAUACGUCACCCAUCGUCGGUCUGGCUGGUCGAGAAAUCCGAUAUUUAAACAAGACGUCCACGGGUACUGGUGCUGGAACCGUCACAGAGAGCUGGGCGCACUUCGACAACUUACCUGUAGAGGCUGACACGGCCCAGGGAACGGUUCACCUGUUUCCUUACAAUGGAUCAUUCUAUCUCAGUGUUGGAAAAAGUGUGUGGAAGAAGGAACCACGGCCCAUGACAGACGCGAACCGGGUAGAUGCCAAAAACAAUUGGCCCAAACUGUUCAUUGAGGGUUGGAAGAAGGUUGGUGACAAAUGCUUACCUGCAGCCGAUCUAGUCACAGUGGCAGCUCAUGCAGCCGGUACGACUGCCGAUGCGGUGCCUACAUUCAGUCUUUUCGUGGCUGGAACGGACGGCAAAUUGAAAGUCUUCAAAGGCAAUGACCUCGUCGACAAUGUCUCUUUCAGCGACGUGACAGUCACGCCAAAGAAUAAGGCAUCCGAUGUGAAGUGGAAACAUCUCUGUUACUAUGCAGGAAAGCUUUUUGGGGUCGACACAAACUCGUUCUCUUGGAAUAUCACAGUCGAUACAAAAGACCCUACCAAGGUCAGUAUUAAGGACAAAACCAAGCAAGCAUCAACAGACGGUUUGAGCUCUAACGAGCAAGGCCUGGUCGCGCUUCGGAACAACAAGCUCUGGCGACAGAGGGUCUCGAAGGCUGGGGAUGACGAAGAGAUGGCCACGAAAGAAGACACAGCAUGGACGCAUGUUGUUGACUGCCCGGGGAUUACGUACCUUGGCGUCGCCUCACCAGGUUCGCUGCUCGAUCUCCGAUCGCUCAUCCAGCAGUUACGUGAUCAGUACAUGAAGACACAAGUCGACGUAAUGCCAUUGGUUACCACUAUCCGGAGAUCUUCUAAGCAGCACCUUGCUCUCACAAAGCUAAUGGAAGCCGAUGCCAAAGCAUACGAAGAAGCCAAAGAAGCCGAAGACGAAGACAAAAUAGCAAAGAUACAGAAAAGAGCCGUUGAAAGGGGUGUCAAGGGAGCUCUCAAGAUUGCGGCUACUAUCAACAAAGCUUCGGUCAACGCUUCGAAUGCCAUUGUGAACAUGGGCGUUGCUUUGAGAGGCAUUAGUGAAGAGCUCACAGCGUUGCAGAAAGCGAUGGAAACUCAACUCAAGGCGCUGAAAGAGACACUCCAAAGUCAGAAAGAUGCCCUGAAGACGGUCCGAGAUGUUCAAUUCUGGAGCUUGAUCGUUAUCCUCGUUUCGUUUGUGGCGUUGAUCUUGACUUUCGGUGUUGCCGCGCCCGCUAUCGUGGUGGGAUUGGGUAUCUUGUUCGCCGCGGCCUUCAUCGUCAACCAGAUAUACGAAUCCAAGGAAAGCCAGAUGAUGAGCGACAUUGCAAAGACCCAAGCCUCGGUGAACUCACUCGAAUCUUCUAUAGCGGAUCUGAAAAAGAUUACGCCCAAAUUCGGCGAGCUCGAGAUUCAGUACAAGGCGCUGAACAUGUUCUGGGGACGCAUGAGCACUAGCUCCGGAGAUCUCCUGAGCUGGACUGCAGAUGCAUACAAGGAGUUGGCUGAUGAGAUGUUCGACCCUGUAACAAUUGAGAGCGCUAGAGAUUCAGCAACAGAGCUCCAGGAUGGUUCACAGAUGUACCUGGACAUGCUCACGGCCCAGGGUAUCUACCUGCCAGAGGCUGAUCCCGAACUUGGCGCACUACAAGCUCCUGCUGCCGAGCCCAGUACGCCUCCAUCUGAUGAGCAUGCUUUCCGGGCUCUCCUAGAGGCCGUCCAUCAACCUUUGGGAAACGGGAUCGAAAGCGAUGCGCAAGAAGUGACAGUUGUAUCAGCUGGUAGCGAACAGUACUCUCUACUCAACAACAUCGGAGCAUCGGCUGGUAGCAAAGAGUUUGCUAUGCCCAAUGGAUCUGAGAGAUCGAACAGAGAAGAUGGCAGAUUUAUCGAGCGAAACCAGUACAUCCCCAGCAGAGUUCUGCUUUUGACUGAGCAGGCAUGCGUUGAUCAAUCGGAUCUUGCCGUUCAGGCAUUAGAGAGAGACGACUUCGAUGCUUUCGAGGCACACAUGGACGUUAGUACACGACUUCUGGACGCGCCAACCACUUUCAGGUUGGACGCAAUCAUGCAAUCUGGCAGGUGGUUUGAUAUCGACUUGAUCAAGCAAGGUGUGUCCGUGUGGCUCAACUCGGGCUUGAAGGAUCUACUCGCCUAUAACAACUCAACAUUGAACCUCGAUGGGAUCGGCAUUGUCAACAGCGGCGCCUUACUGGCGGGUGCAAAGUACAUCUCUGCAUCGGUCGUCUUGGAUACAAUCAAGCUCGCAAAGCUCAUGCAAGAUUGGACCGCAGACGCAAACAGUGAUCUCUCGGACGAGCAGAAGGCAGCCCAGGCGAAGCCUUACGUCAAUUCAGCUGUAGGAUUGUGCGGCGACCUGGCCUCCACUACGGCUAAGCUCAACAAUGGUUUCAAUACAAUCAACCACACUGUCACAGAGGCUCGUAAUAAAGUUGCUGCGGACGUCAGAGCCCUAGAGGACUUGAUACGCUCGACAGAUGCUGGUUACUGGGAGAAGAUAGCUCGCAUUCAGGACGACAUCCCACUAAUUCUGACCAUCUUCUGGUCGAGAGAAAGACUUAUGGAUGAAAUCCAACAUAAGGCACAACAAAUCGAGUAUGCUCGACGGGAAGAGGUCGGACCACUGGAUGAUCGGAAGUUCAGACUGGAGCAACUUCGCGACAGCGGCAUAAUCUACCAGAAUCAGCACAUUUCAUGGGUUAAUCUUGUACAGAAACUCAGCGUCCAAUUCAGCCGUGUUUGGAUGACUCUCAAAGACAUACAGGAGGAGAUACGAAGCGAUGUCGCGUUCAAUGCCGAUGUGAUCGUUGGUAUUGAAUGGCCAGAGCUGCUGGAGAAUGCCCAACAGGUCCUCUCACUGCUCAAUGUCGACCCUCAUAUCAACUUUUCUGCUGUACUUGGGGGCGAUGACGCCGCAGCGGAGCGAGCUGCUGUACUAACAGCAGAGGCAUUCUUCGCGCUUGAAGCACCAGGAGCGGAAGAUAACGAUGCGGGCGCCUUCCAAGGUCAGGUCGAAGAUCCUAUGCAAUUCGCUAUACAAGCCCACCCCGUCAUGGCGACCCUGUUGGCUGAUGGCACCGAGGAGACUCGUCAGUUCUUCGACAACGUAAAGGCUAUCAUGGUCCUCCCAAAUGUGCACACGCUCAAGGCCUACGAUAACACCCUUGGGUCGUUUUCUUUACACUCAAGCAUGGCUGAGACUGUGGCAACGUACGUACGGACGUUUGGUUCCAUCUCCAAAGCUCUGAAUCGCAUCGGUUCUGCAGCCUCAAUCCAGAGCCGCCGCGUCAAGAGGUUAGAAGACAAGAGCAUUCGUUGGGUAACCUUCUACACGGGCACGCGGCAAGCCAUCAUCGAUGCCUCGCGCUAUGUUGGUACUGCUAAUGAUGACCUUGAGAAGUCAUACAAGGAGAUGAAGGCGCUUUUCCAAAGGAUCAAGGAGAACCGAAAUGCCUUCGAGUCAAAGAUCAAGCCAAUCGACGAGCUGAUUGCAGCUAAGCGAAAAGAAGUCACCGACUACAUCUUCCAACUAGCCGCAGAUGCUGCUGCCGUUAUGUUUGUGGGUGCGGCUGCAGCCUUGGCCGUUGUAAGUGGUCCGGCUGUCGCCUUCAAGGCGGCGAGUACGGUGAUUAAGGGCGCGACCAAGGUCGACGGCGUGGUACUCACCAACACGUUCAAGACGUUCUACAGCAAGAUGAACUGGGACGAGUUCCGCGACAGCAUCGCCAGUCUGAGUACUUUGCGCGACUCGCUCACCACGGCUGUCAACUCGCUCGACAAGAUCCUAUCCACUUUCUCAGAAACGCUUAAGUAUGGGCAGGAUCUGCAGAAGCACCUCAGGGAGUCCCAGAGGCGUCUUGAGGACUUUGAGAUCGAGCGGCUAUCGCGCGUGGCGGCUGCGGAGAAACGUGGAGAAACGGAGGCUGCUGUCAUGGAGCGGUACAUGAGGGAAGUGGACUUUGAGGAAGUAGUCAAGGGUUGGGGCGUCGUGGACGUCGGGUGUGAUGUAUGGAAUGACAUGUUCAAUGCGCAGGGAUAUUCGUUGCCUGCGGACUUUGAGUUUGAGUAG